AGAACCAUCGCCAAAGGCAAAAACCCAGCAUAAUGUCAAACAUCGAGAAUCAGACCAUUCUCAUUACCGGAGCAUCCGGCUUCGUUGCGACUCACGUCGUCCGGGUCUUCCUCCAGCGUGGCUAUCGGGUCCGUGGUACAGUCCGCUCCGAGCAAACCGCCGACAAAGUCCGCGAGAUAUUCCCACAGUACAAGGGUAAACUGUCCUUCACAAUCGUCAAGGACAUUGCACAGCCCGGCGCAUUUGACGAAGCCGUGAAGGACGUCCAGGGCAUAAUCCACACCGCAUCCCCAUUCUCAUUUUCCGCCCAAGACCAAGAACGAGACCUACUCCAGCCGGCUAUCCGCGGCACCAGCGAACUCCUUGAAGCCGCCAAGCGGCACGCCCCGCAAGUCACCCGCAUCGUGAUCACCUCGUCCUUCGCGGCCAUCGUCAACCUCCGCAAGGGCUACUGGCCGGAGCACACCUACACCGAAGCAGACUGGAACCCAGAGACCUAUGAGCAAGCAAAGGUCGCCGACGGGUCCACGGCCUACUGCGCUUCGAAGGCGCUAGCCGAGAAGGCCGCAUGGGAGUUCGUCGACCGCGAGAAGCCCAAUUUCACGCUCUCGACCAUCUGCCCGCCCAUGGUCUACGGGCCCGUGGAGCACCACGUAUCCAGCAUGGACCGGCUCAACGAGAGCGCGGCCGACAUUUACCGGUUCAUGAAUGGCAGCUUGAAAGAGAUCCCUGCGACGGGUUUCCCUGCGUGGGUCGAUGUGCGCGACGUGGCGGAGGCGCAUCUGCGCGCGUUCGAGUCCGAUCAGGCUGCUAAUGAGCGGUUCUUUGUGACCGCCGGGAAUUAUACGUAUGAGCAGGUCUGCGAGAUCCUGCGCACGAAGGUGCCCGGUGUUGCUAAGGAGCAGGUCCCGGCUGGGAAGGUAGACAAUGAGACGCCCCGGGUGUAUGGUGUUUCGAAUGAGAAGGUUCGCACCAGGCUGGGGAUCGAGUUCUACUCUUUGGAGGCUAGUGUCAAGGAUACUGCUGAGUCGUUGCUGAACUUGGAGAAGAAGCUUAGUCAGUGAUGGGGACACAGUGGUUGUGUGUCGUACAUAAAUAGUACGAUUUGGUUCAUGA